UUUAUUAUAAUAAAAAUACGAAAAAAUUCAAAAAAAAUUCGAAAAAAAUUGGUAAAAUUCUGCAAUUUUCGACACACAACUGGAACAAUAUAUUUAAGUCUCUGUUUUUGCUUUUAUUAACGGAUAAUGCGCUUUUCUCUGCUCAACCAACAACAGAACUUUCAACAAAAUAAACAGAAAAUGCACAUCAAACUUAAUCGAACUCAGCAUAGAAAUAUCGCCAUAGUAAUUUGCCUUUUAGUAGCUGGAAUCACUAAAACAAAUGCAGUGCCCACAGACAACACAGAUGGUGCUGCCAUACGUACGCUGCCAUCGCUCCAUCGAGCACUACGGGAAGUUGCCGCUUUGACAAGCAACUUAAUGCAGGAGUCCGAAUUAAGGGAUACCACAUCUACAGAAAUCACAAUGGACCAACCGCAAGGUCAAUGUCUAUUAGAUGGUAUCCUUGUGUCGGAAACAACGGUUUACUGUGAGAAACAAGUUGGAUGUCGCGCCAUACAGAAGACAGGACACUGCUGUCCCGAUUACAAAUGCGAUUGCGAAAAAGAUGGUAAAACUUAUUUGAAUGGUGAUAAGUUAGUGGAUCCAGAAACACCUUGUACUGUUUGCUAUUGCCAAGGUGGCGAAAUAUUGUGCAGCUCAGUAACUUGCUUCCAUCGUGAUGAUUGCAAACCAAAAUAUAUUGUUGGACGCUGUUGCCCGGAGUAUGAUAAUUGUCCUGUUCUUAGUCCUAGUAAUAACAACAAUUCUGUUGUGGAUAUUCCGACUAAUCCGUUUACAACUACAACUUCAACAUCAACAACUAUAAGACCCGAGAUAGCUGCCGCUGCAAAUAAUCCAAAAAUAACGAUCAAAGAAAUCACAAAACGCAUGGAAAUUCGCAUAACCAAUGACAAUAAAGCUAUACCCAUACCUCAGAUGCUGAAACCCAACACCCCUAGUACUUCAACAACAACAAUGCCAGUAGUCGAAACAAGUGCACCCACUUCAUUGGCAGCGCAGAUAGCAACAACAACACCUGCUGUGGGAAUUUCAACAAUUUCAACAAUAACCAAUCUACCAACAUUAACAACACCGGCACCAGCCACAACAACAACCGCUGUUGGUUUAGCUAAGACAUCAUCAACAUCAGACUCAACAGAAAUCAGCAAUAAAAGCUCUGUGCAAGCUCCAGCUUCCAAUGACGUUGAGAAUAGCCGACGACAAACAUUGCUUCCAGUCAAUAACAAUAAAAGCACCGAAAGCUUAAAGUUAAGCGCUUCAGUCGCAUACCCGACAACUGGAAGUGAAUUAGAAAGCUUCGAUGAAAAGCCACUUGCCGCGUUUGUUGGUCAAAAUGGUUUGCAAGGCGAAAGCGAGACCACGAAUGAUGCCAAUAAAGUGAAUAUCAAACGCGAGAAUUUACUAACCACAUCUGUUGCGAACAGUGCUGAACAGACGGAUUCAUUGGAACUAAUUUUUCCAAAUGAAUCUGUACGCGCUAGUAGUAGCGAGCAGAUUAAUGGUAACGAAAGUGCACAAGCACCCGUGGAACUGGAACCCGACACAGCUGGAAGUGACAACAUAUAUCACAUAAUACUGACUACCGAUGGCCCGCGUACAAGCGAACAUAUAGAACACACCGAAAGCUAUUUGACCAAUGACACAAUAUCCACGGAAGGUGUAAGCUCUCCCACUGCUGUAGAGAGUGCAUUUGUUAAAGACACCAAUCCACUGUCACAAAAUACCAGUAAUACCAAGAACAGUAGCACUGAAAGUCCAAUCAGAGCACAAAGUUCAACAGAACCACCAUGUGAAACCUUAACAUCCGUAGUCGAAAGCACUACACCUAAACUUACAGACGCACCGAAGUCAACUACAUUUGCAACUGAUAGACAGAAAGUCACCACAGACGACAUGCAUCAUGCCGAAGAUGAAGACACCGUUGUACCUAUGGAGUCCAAUCCAGCUUAUCCUUCACUACCAGAAGAUGACUUUAGUUUGAGAGAUGUGAACUUUCCAUUAACUGAAGCAGAAGAUAUUGUUGAAACUGACAAUAAAGACGAACACAGACAUCUACACGAGGUACCAUAUGAAACCCCAAAAAGUACUAAGCAUUUGGAUACCGGCAGCUUCCUGGGUAGUGAUGGUAGUGGUAGUGGUGGUGGCAGUGGUAAUGGUGCAGAACUUAUUGAAAAUAAUGUACAAAAUGGUGGUACCGAAGACACCACUACAGAAACACUCUACACUUUACCUAAACGCAUUGAAUUAAUGUAUUCUAUGGAAGACAAUUCAGCUGAAACUACAAUUUCGAAUGGCACUAAUUUUCAACUACAGAAAAUUAUUAAAGAUACAGACAAUGAAACAGGUUCUGGGAUAGGUGCAUCUCUAGAAAUUGAAUCAGCUGAUGAUACUGUAAGCAUACCUGAUGUAAGUAGCGGUAGUGGUAAUGGCAGUGAAGAUAUGAACCCCAUUAAGAGUGCAAUAAAAAAGAAAUAUAUUAAAUCUCCCGAACCGACAACACCACGUACACGAAUCGAAACCGAUUUAGAUAUCGAUGAGUUAAGUAAUGAACCAGCAUUACGUGAAGAUCCUAAGUUAGAUGCAGAAAGUCUUAAACUACAUGAGAGUGCAGAAGAUGAUGCCGGCAAGUCAGGCACAGCCGUAAAAGGUAACAUUUUAGCAGUUGAAGCAUAUCCAAUACAGGAGAGAGCUGCUGAAGAAAUUGCGCCAAGUAAUACUUUGGUUGGCACCGAAAAUAGUGGACGCAUACAACGACUUUAUUUACAUAGAAUUUUUUAAAGAAUAGGUCUGAAGCAAAGAUGGAAGAGAAAUUAGUCGAGAAGAGACAAACUAUAUUAGGUAGUCAUGAAACAAAAUAGAAUAUUAAUAUACUAGAACAUUAAAACAAAUUAAAGAUAUAGAAAUUAAAGAACGAAUACAUAAAACAAGAGAACAGACAGCAUUGAAGCAGCGUCGCACAUCUGUAGAUAUUAGAACAAAAUUUUUACUUUUUCAGCAGAUAUUUCAAUUUUGAAAUACCUCGCAAAAUUCCUCCAACGAAAUUCCUAAAUUUUUCAGAUCAAGUGUAAUAUAAUAUAAUAUGCUAAGCUGAUAUGAAAGAAUAUACACUGAAUAUAUCGUCACGAAGCUCAUAUUCUCAAGAAGAACAUUAGUAAUUACAUGCAAUGAAAACUUCAUCUAUAUAUAUAUGUACAUAUAUAUAUAUAUAUAUAUAAAUAUAUGUUCAUAUGCCUUAUAUACGGCUAGUAAACAAUUAUAGAUCUCCAGAACUGAUUUACUUUAGUGGCAGCACUGGCAACUCAUGUUUCAGUGGAUUGUCAAUGCACCAAGUAAUAAUUAUAUAUUGGCCAUGUCUGGAAACAUUGCUCAUUCCAUUUCUAAAAAAUAUAAGAA